ACUUUAUCGUUUACCGAGUCUAUACGUAACAUUAAAAACUUGUGGAAUUAUUUUAUCUCUUAGAAUUUUUCUUCUUCAAUAUUUAUUAACCUACAAAGAAGUGAGAGGUUAUCAGGGAACAUUGAUUUUAUCAAUGGAUUUGUUGAAGAGGACCUCUAACUAAAACUGAGAUGAUGUUCAUCCACAGAAUUUAUUUUCUUUGGUUGUUUCUCAAUUAUUGUCAGGCUACGAUUUUGCUGUGGAUGAAGCCAGAUGAACUUAAUAAUUCGCCUUUACUGGGAAGAAUUGACUAUCAGUAUCAUCCGAAUCUCGAAUAUUCUGAUGGUCCCGGAGAAAGGUGUAUUAGAUCUACAUUCAAAAAGGCGAUGGCAGAGAUUAAAAAAGACGUAGGAUGUAUAUCAUUUGACAAAUUUAAACCGGCAUUUAACUAUGGCAAAAACCCUCGUGUAUAUAUCGCAUACAGUGCAACAACUGGAAAAUGCGAAUAUCCUGGACAACUUGGGAUGCCUGACGUCUACGAACCUGAUGUUGAUUUUAGACUUACCUUUAAUAUACAUGAAAGUUGUAUAAAUAUCAAAACGCUGAAAUAUUACCUAGUUCGAAUUCUGGGACUGCAAGAUGAACAUACUCGACCAGAUAGAGACAAAUACGUUUCUAUUCAUUACGAAAAUAUUGUUGAUGAGAAAAACGAGUCCUUCUCUAUCUCACAUGCAGCAGAAGGUGGCUACACGGGACUCGAAAGUGUUCCCUUUGCGUACAGUAAUUAUCCGUAUGACUUCUCCUCCAUCACUCACUUUGGGCCCUUUGAGAAUGGGAAGGAUCCGUCCAGGCCAACCAUUUCAUCACAUGCAUCCUUCUCGGGUGUUACAUUUGGAGAGAGAAGACAUCUUAGUGAAAUUGACAUCCGCAAACUUCGAGAUCUCUAUGGCCCCAAAUAUGAACACAAAUCCUUUGACAAAGUAAAAGGAAGUUUUCAACCGGUCCAGUGUAACUUUGAUUUGCCGCUCUGUAAUUUAGUCGAUGACGACACGGGCUAUGGGCUCUCCUGGUUUAAAACGUCGGGUCCUGUAUCUACCGAGGGGCCCCAGACUGACCAUUCAAACGGCGCAGGUUCCUACAUGUUAGCAAAUGGCACAUCCCACGGAGGAAAUGCCCGUUUGGUCAGCAUUACGGAAACUUCACGGGGUAAGGUGUGCGUGAGUCUGUUCUAUUGUUUACUGGGGAAUUCCACACUGAGAGUGCUGCAGCAGGAUUCCAUGAGCGGUAACAUCACAGUUAUUGACCAGAGGAAAAACACUUUCAACAGUACUGCAAGAUCAUGGAUGCCACUGCAAAUCAGUCACGAAGCUUCAAAAAUCUGGCGGCUCGUCAUUGAGGCUGAAGUUCUACGAGGUGGUGUUGCAGUUGAUGAUGUGCGUGUGGAAUAUAAAGAAUGUGAAAGUCCAAAAACAUGCGUUUGAAGUCCAACAAUUAUCUCUUUCAUAUUCCUUGAAUGUUAAAAGUUUAUAUUCUCUCUUUCAUAUUCUUUGAGUGUCAAGAUCAGUAUUUCAGAUAUCUCCUUGUAUGUGGUAGCUUAAAUUCAGCUGUGUUGUAAUUUUUCAUGCAAAAGGUUUUGAAAUAAAUAUUAAUCUGAUAA